AUGAAUAAAGACUCACCGAAUACCCAGGGAUUUACACCGUCAUUAUUGGAUAUAUUAAGAUUACUCUCCCUAGAAACUAUUUACGCUAAAUCGAACACUGGCUCGCGAGCAAGCUCUCCCCGGAGAGACCCUACGACCCCAGAUAAAUACGCGGGGGGUGAUGCGUCAUCUCCGAGGAAAUGUGAAUGUAAUGUGCGAGAUGGAUCGAAAACAACCUCAGGUGACCGCGGGAAAACUGGCGCAGGCGUGACAGGCUCUAGAACUGGCAGAAUAUGUCAUAGCCACAAGGAACCCGGAGCUCUUCCAGCGGGUGCAAAUUAUCCUGGUCUUUUACGACACAUCCACAAUGCAGCACGAUUUUGCCUUCCUCAAUGCUUCGAAGGAGCUUACGUUUCAGUGAAACAAAGUUCCACUAACAAUUGGGUAUUGGGGCACUCUCUGUCUUUUAGUUCCGUGUCGCCAGGUGGAUAUAAAGUAUUACUUUCAUAUAUUGAUAAAGACAAGACAGUGAAAUUGCCUUAUUUUGUAAUGGAGGCUGCACCAGGCGGUCAGAUGAGUACCGAAGUUAGAGUAGGUCCAACGGAGGGGACCCGUGCUACAGUGGUGGCACAGAUCGCUGAUGGAGAAUUCUAUAGUUUCGAGAGCAUAUUUGAUACAUUUUUUAAUAGCUCGACGGCUUCGAUUAUAGCUGUUAACCGAGAGUUUAUUGCUCUUCAUUAUUUACAGGCUAUAACGGAGCAGUUGUCAUUAGGCGCUGAAAUUGUCGCGAGAGGUCACACAGCGGAGAUAACUUCUGCUUCAGGUGCUGGUCGCUGGGUUGUUGACGACCACACUAUAAGUGCCACAUUAGGGAAUCGAGGUCUUGAUUUAUGUUAUGCGAGGACCAUUAAACCAUUUUUGACCGUGGCUGCUCUACUUGAGGUUGGAUUUUCUGUGAAGCGGGCAGUGGCGACCCUGGCGUAUGAGUGGCGUUUAGACGAAUGGAGCGUGCGAGGUUCGGUCGACUCCGACGGCUUGGUUGGUGCAACUUUGCAACGCGCACUCGGCGGCAAGAACUCGCAAAUUUCCUGUGCAAUUUCUGCACUUCUUAACCACCCUAACAAUAAAUUUCGACUCGGUUUCGGCAUCAAUGCUGCUAUUAUUUAA